GGGUUGGACAUGAGUACACGCCAAAAUGCCAGUUCAAGGAGAACUCACUGACGUCACAAAACCUUUGAACGCCCAAACUCUCAAGCUAGUCCACAAUUCAAGAAUUGUCAGCCUCCUUGAGUCACCUCACAGGAGUCGCAAACACGAUAUGCACAUCUCCCGGUCCGAUUAUGCCCUCAUCACUCCGUUUGAUGCAGUGCCAGUAAUUUCAUGGUGCACGAGGAAAAUAGGAGAGAAACAACACAACAACGGAAUAAUAAAAGGGUUGGCAUGACAGAGUAGACACAUUCAUAAAGGAACUCUAUAAAUUCUUCAGUAAUGGAGGGGGACGGAGUCCGUGCUUGCUAUUGUAACUAUUGUAACCUUGCUGGCUUGUUGUUGUCAAUGG